ACGGCUCUGCUUUCUCUUAGACAAGGUCUUCUCCUUCUCCAAUGGUCUUUGAUGGACAGGGCCAUUAAAUGCUUAUUUAGCCUUGAAUUACAUGACAUCACCUGCCAGGGGAAAGCAACCCUCCCCCUCUUGAUGGCUGGCCAACUGCAUUUCUCCUCCUGGGGUCAACAUUGAAAGAGCAACAGCCGUCACCUGGCACCGGCAGCGAAGAAGUCCCCCAAAGUUUCAACCGUCAAUUUUGGGGGUAUUUGCAUUCCCUGCAGAACAACCCGAAUCUUGCUUUCUAAAACGCGAGACUGGAUGGUUUUCAGAAAAGAACCUCGGUUGAACAUUGUGAAGCUGGUAGAAGUGGUUCAGUUCUUUAAUUCUGCAGCUGGCUUUUCAUAUUGAUUCUAUUUCCCCUUUUGCAGUUUUUUUUUGGGGGGAGAGGUUUUCUUUUUUUACAAAGCAAUGGCUACAAAUGACACCUCUGGAGCUUCCAAAGAACAUCACACGAACCAACUCCAAACCCUGAGAAAUAAGGAUGAAGAGAGACAUCAGCUGGAUGCAGAAGAGGAACAGAAGAACGAAGAAACGAUGGGCAAGAAAACGCGAGGCGAAAGGAUUAAAGAAUUUAAAACUUUCAUUUGGAAUCCAGAAACCCGGGAAUGUUUGGGCCGGUCUGGUAAGAGCUGGAGUCUGAUACUCCUGUUUUACAUUGUCCUGUACACGUUCCUGGCUGGCAUGUUCAUAUUGUAUAUGUACGCAGUCUUGAUCAUGCUGAGCCCCUACACACCAAGAUACAGGGACAGGGUUGCCCCACCAGGAGUUACGAUUAGGCCAUACAUAAAGCAGGCCUACAACAUUGCCUUCAGAGUCUCCGAACCUAGUUCAUGGCAGCCUUAUGUGGACAACCUGGAGCUGUUCUUAAAAGAGUAUGACGACAAGGUUCAAGAAACCAGAAAUGUCCCUUGCACCCCAGGCGCCUAUUUCGUGCAAGACAGUGAUGAAGCUGCGGUGAAGAAAGCUUGCCAAUUCAAGAGGUCCCAAUUGAUGAAGUGCUCUGGAGUUCAGGACCAGACCUUUGGAUAUUCACAGGGCCAGCCUUGCAUACUGCUAAAGAUGAAUCGUAUAAUCGGGUAUCAGCCUGGCUACGGCACUCCAAUUACUGUGAGUUGCAAAAUCCAGAAAGGCGAACAAAGUCACCUCCAGUCACUAGACUUCUUCCCAAGCGAGACAUUUGAUCCCAUGUAUUUCCCUUAUUAUGGCAAACUUACGCACGUGAACUACACGCAGCCCGUGGUAGCCAUUCAUUUCACAGGGAUUACAAGAAACCAAACCCUGGACCUUCAAUGCCAGCUGAAUGGGAAAGGAAUUAUCAACACGGUGAACAACGAUCGGUUUCUGGGACGGAUCAUUUUCACACUAACCGUCAACAGCUAAGGCCAGGUCUCCGUUUUGUGAUCACCCCUUUAUGGCAAUCAAACAUUUCCUCAAACAAAUCCAAUUGGCCAUUGACGUAGCACCAGGAAACUCCAGACCUAUUUUGAGGGAUGGUUUUUGGUUUUUCUUUGGAAACAUAAAUACAAUAAAAAGAUAGCUCCCAAGAUAUGGAACUCAACAUAAACAUAAAGCGCUCGAAUACAUUCAUCCUCCGAGUAAACCCAUCAGCCCAACGAGAGAAUU